AUGUCGGAUUACUCAGAUAUCCGCGUAGUGGUCGGUUUAGAUUUCGGAACAACUUACUCGGGGUUUACAUAUUGUCACGUAUCUGAUGAUGGUAAUUUUGUAACUAAUGAUCAAUGGCCAGGAGAAAUGGGUCAAUUAAAAACAAAUACGGUACUUCAAUAUAACGAACAUUAUAUGAAUGUUGAAUCAUGGGGAUAUCCAGCUUUAUCGAAACGUCCAAAUAAAAAAAAGAAAACUAAAAAUAGAUCAAGGCCUGUUGAAUUGUUUAAAUUACAUCUAGGAAAUCUGUCUGACAAUCUCAAGCCGGAACUGCCAGUAGAUUAUAAGAAAGCUAUUACUGAUUAUCUUCGAGAAAUCGGAAAGUUAAUUAAAGAAAUGGUUACAACUCAUUGGGACGGAAUUGAUUUCUUAGAGAGGGUACUUAUUGUUAUAACCGUACCUGCAGAAUAUUCAGAGAAGGAUAAAGGAAUCAUGAGAGAGUGCGUACAUAAAGCUGGACUUAUUAAAGAAAGAGAGUCGAAAAAUUUACAAUUUACUACAGAACCCGAAGCUGCCGCAAUUUAUUGUAUGGGAAAUAAUUUAAAAGUAAAUAAUCUUGAUACUCCUGGAACCACUUUUAUGAUAGUCGAUUGCGGCGGUGGUACAGUAGAUUUAACUACGCGUAAAUUAUUGGAGAACAAACAACUGAGUGAAGUUACUGAACGAGCUGGAGACUUUUGUGGAAGUACAUUUAUUGAUAGGGAAUUUCUCAAUGCCUUACGUAAAAUUCUUGGAGAUCGUGCAAUUAAUUCAUUAAGAGAUAAUCAUUAUGGACAAAUGCAAUAUAUGAUUCAGGAAUUCUGUCUUAAUGCUAAAUUACUAUUCACUGGAGAUAGGUCCGAAUUUAGUAGUUAUGAAAUAGAUAUUGAAGAUGUAGUUCCCGUUGUAAUGCAAUACGUAACCGAGGAAGUAGAAGAAAAGUUGGAAGAAGCCGAUUGGUUAAUAGAAUUUGGAUACGAUUAUAUUAAAUCAAUGUUUGAUCCUAUUGUUGAAAGAAUUAUCACUAUGAUACAAACGCAACUCGGUAAUAGUCGAGAAACAUGUUCUGCAAUGUUUUUGGUAGGAGGAUUUAGUCAAUCGAAAUAUUUACAAAAAAUAAUUAAACAAAAAUUUCAGCGUCAAGUGAAAAAUAUUUUAGUCCCCCUACAUCCCAUUGCAGCAAUAUCUCGCGGUGCAGCUUUAUAUGGAUUGAGUAUGGUAAAUUCAGCACCAAAUUUAGAUAGAAUGAAUUCUCUUAAAUUCGUAAUAAAUGAACGUAAAUUAAAAUAUACUUAUGGAAUUAGAGUAUGUUGUGAAUGGAAAAAAGAAGAUUUAAUAAAAAGAAAACGUCCUAAUGGACGUACUUAUAAAUUUCGUGGUAUGGCUCAAAGAGGAACUUCAGUAAAAGUUAAUCAAGAAUUUACUUUAAAUAUAACGCCAGAACAUGCGGCUCAAGAUACCAUCACUUUUCACAUAUAUUAUACGACCAAAUAUAGUGCACAAUAUUGUGAUGAAGAUGAGAUGGAGGAACUUGGAAGUCUUAUUAUCUCUCUUCCCGAUAUUCAUCUUGGAAAAAAUAGGCUUGUAUUGUUUGGAUUGACAUUUGGACGAAUGGAAAUAACUGCCACAGCUAAAAAUAAACUUAACGGACAGAAUUAUCAAACUUCUUUAAAAUUAGACAUAUAA